UUAAUCUCUACGCUUCUCUCUCUGCAAUUACUCCUUGAGAGCAUCUCUCUCUAGAAUAUUGAGUAUUGCUGACUUAAGCGUUGGAGUCUUUUCCUCGAGGAAACAUCCUUGGGAUUUUCAGGUGUAAAAGCAGCUGAGGACUUCAACAGUGUUGGACUAUGAAGCUGCCCAAACAUUUGGCACCGUCUGUGGGAACUUGAACAAGAAGUUGUGUAGCUUAACCUGCUGAAAGACAAAAUGGUUCGUACUUUUACAGGAGGUCGCCCUCCAAGAAAUGAAAUGGACGAACAGAAGGACGUUCAACUAUCUAAGCCCGGCUUGAAUGACUUUAGGCCAAUGCCAAGGAACCUUUUUGUCGGGGGAAUAGAACAGGAUCAACUAAGUGAAACGGAGGAGGAUGAAAGAACACCAACUGGGUAUGCAACCCAGCCUGAACAGUUCCAAGUUCCAACAGGAACAAGACAAAGACAUUCUAGACCGUACAAUCCACAGCAUGAACGACCUGAAAGGUCAACGGAACCUGCUCGAACAGCCGAGCUCGAAGAGAGAACCAGAGUUCUCGAAAUGGCAAUGGGUAAAAUCCUUGCCCGCCUGAUCCCUGAUGACCCCCUGAUUCCUUUGUUGAACAGGGAUGCACAACCAGCUGCGGUUGUUGCCACUCGAAACUCCCCUGCUUUGAGCAAUGUAGUAGUGCCAACCAAACCAAGGGGAAGUGGGAGGUUGAACAACGAGCCUAGCUCGUCAAAACACAGCGAAGAACUGAUAAGAAAGAAUGCAGACCUUGAAAGGCAGCUACGGGACGUACAAAAAUCCAUCGACGAGCUGAAAAGCCCUAGGUCGCAUCAACAAACUCUUGAUUUGGAUAGUGCCCCACUAAAUCUAUCCAUCACGGCGGAACCAUAUCAAGAGGGGUUCAAAAUCCCCCACUUAGAGACGUAUGAUGGCUCGGGUAACCCAGAUGAACAUCUACACACCUAUCAGGCCAUCAUGAGAAUCCAAAAUGCCAAUGAUGCCAUGAUGUGCAAAGUGUUCCCAGCGACCCUGAAGUCAAUAGCCAGAAGAUGGUACCAUAAACUCCCCAGACACUCCAUAGACUCAUACUCCAAGCUCGCCAAGCUAUUCUCCAACAAAUUUGCAAGCCAAAGGGAGAUUAAACGCAUGGCGACCGAGCUGAUGUCGGUUAGCUUCAUACUGUCAGAAGACUUCCAGUCGUCCAAGCGACGAGCUGAUGACAAACAGAGCAAAGGCAACGAGCAGCUACCGAGAAGGGAGGAAAAGAAAAAGCAGAAAGGGUAUGACCGACCUCAGGGGCAGAGGUACCAACUCGGCAACACACAGGACAUGUAUCAAGAUAACCAAUAUCCUUCUGAGCAAGGCAGAGCGUAUAGGGGCUGCCAAUUCAAUAGGCGAGGCCAAGGUCAAAUACCUGCCACCCAGAACCAAAAAGACAGGAGAGGAGUUGGGUGCAGUGUGAUACCCCCGCCGUCUGGCACAAUCAACAUGAUCUCCGGUGGUAUGCACUCAAGGGGCCAAAGUGCCCGGACCCGCAAGGCAUAUGCCCGGAUGGCUUAUGUUAGCUUUCUGGUAGUCAAGAUGGAGUCAGCUUUUAACGCCAUAUUAGGGAGGGUUACUCUAUGCGAGCUGAAGGCUGUUAUUUCACAACCCCAUCUUUGCAUGAAAUUCCCAACACCUCAGGGGGUAGGAGUGCUAAGGGGGAAUCAGAAGAUGGCCAGGGCAUGUUAUCAAGAUACAUUUAAGAAGGUUGAGCUCGCCGCAGCCCUGGGAGGCUCCUUCGAAAGUAGUAGGCCGACUCAGCCCGACAAACAGACAAUGAGCCUAUCGGACAUUGAGUAUAGACCUGAGGGUGUCGAGCAGAAAGUAGAGCCAGUAGAGCCAGUAGAAACAGUUCAUUUAAACCCUGACGUGCCUGAAAGAACAGUCAAGAUUGGCACUAAGCUCACAGAAGAAGAACAAGCAGAACUUCUGGAGUUUUUGAGGGUUAAUCAGGAUGUGUUUGCGUGGACUAUGGAUGAAAUGCUUGGCAUUCCAGCAGAGUUGACAGUCCAUAAGCUCAGUACAGACCCCAGCAGAAGGCUAAUGGUUCAAAAACGUCGUCUUUUUGGUACAGAGAAGCAAGCUGCCAUAGAUGAUGAAAUACAAAAAUUAUUACAAGCAGGCUUCAUCAAAAGAGCGUGUCCAAAAGACCCUCAUCCCUUGCCGAAUGUUGAAAAGUUAGUGGAGCGGGCAGCAGGGCAUGAGCGGAUGAGCUUUCUUGAUGCCAGUUCGGGUUAUCACCAGGUUCAGUUGCUGUUGGACGACCAGGAGAAAACAGCUUUUUAUGCUGGUGACGCUAUCUACUGUUAUGUCAUGAUGCCGUUUGGCCUGAAAAAUGCUGGUGCCACAUAUCAGAAGCUGGCGUUUGACGAGCUUAAGCAGUAUCUGGCGUUAGCACCUCUGCUUUCCAAGCCUGUUGAGGGGGAGAGUUUAUACCAGUAUCUGGGGGUUACGAAGGAAGCAGUGAGCUCGGUUCUGCUAAGGGAAGAGAACAAGAAUCAUAAGCCUAUCUGCUAUGUGAGCAAGGUUUUACAAGAUUGUUGUCUAUACCGAUCUACCGUUGAGAAAGAUACUGUAGAAGCCGGAACUCUCUGGUUGGCUCAUCGGAUGGAGUGUCGAGUUAAGCAAGUUUUGUAUGUUGAUGGAGCUGCUAACGUGGAAGGAUUGGGUGCCGAGGCUGUGUUAGUGGGCCCGGAUGGCUUCAAAUCCGAACACGCGCUGAGGUUCAAGUUUCAGACAACUAACAAUGCUACAGAGUAUGAAGCCCUCAUUUAUGGAUUGAAGCUGGCGUCCGAACUGAAGGUACAAAGCAUUCAGGUUUUCAGCGACUCUCAGCUCGUUAUGGGCCAAGUGAAUGACAGUUGUGAAAUCAGGGAUCCCCAACUCAGUCGUUAUGCCUCUGUGGACCUUAACCUUCAGAGAUCGACAAUUGUCGAGGUGCUUGACGCCCCGAGCUACACCGAUUUCAUAGUCGACUGCCAGCUGCUAAGCACAAAUCCCUCCUCAUCAAGCUGGACUACCCUGCUCAUGAAUUAUCUGCGAAGUGGCGAGCUACCUGAAGAUUCGUCCACUGCAAAGUUGGUCAGACGCAGGGCGGCACAUUUCACUUUGAUAGAUAAUCAGCUCUACAAACGAGCAGCCUCAAUGCCCUUAUUACGCUGCCUUACUCCUUAUGAAGUUGAAUACGCCGUGAGGGAAGUUUAUGAAGGAGUAUGUGGCACACACAUGGGAGGCAAGACUUUAGCUCAGAAACUCUUGAGACAUGGGUAUUACUGGCCAACCAUGGUUGAGGAUGCACAGGACUACGUCAAAAAGUGCUCGACCUGCCAGUUCAAUGCUGAUGACAUUCACAUGCCAGGGGAAAUGCUCUCGUCACUCUCAUCCCCCUGGCCUUUUGCUCAAUGGGGAGUUGACUUGCUCGGCCCUUUCGUGAAAGGCAAAGGAGGAUGCACUUACCUCGUUGUUGCGGUGGAUUACUUCACCAAAUGGAUAGAAGCUAAACCAUUGUCCACAACAACAGGAAAGAAAAUAGAAGAAUUCUUGUUCAAUUCAAUAUUGUGCAGGUCGUUCUGCAACAACUACGGCAUUGAGCUAGCUUUGAUAUCCGUGUAUACUCCACAGUCAAAUGGACAGGCCAAGUCUGCCAAUAAAAUCGUCUUGCGAGGCCUUAAGACGCGUGUUUCAGAUGCACAUUCUAAUUGGGUUGACGAGCUCAAUAAAGUCCUUUGGUCAUGUCGCACCACACCCAGCUCGGCUACAGGCGAAACCCCGUUUAGCCUUGCGUAUGGAGUUGAGGUUGUCAUCCCAGUAGAGGUCGGAUUAUCAUCUGGUAGACCAGGCCAGCAUGACGAUCACAACAAUGAGCAACUUUUGAGAGAGAACCUAGACCUUGUAGAAGAGGUUAGGGAGAUGUCUCGAAUAAGAAACAUGGCGUAUCAAGGUCGUGUAGCAAAAUUCUACAAUAAGAGGGUCCGAGCUCGUCAAUUUCAGGUUGGUGAUCUGGUAUUAUGUAAGGCCGGAUUAACUAACACAUACUCGCACAUGGCCAAGCUCGCCCCUAAUUGGGAAGGUCCAUACAUGGUUGCUCAAGUUAACCGACCUGGAUCUUAUAUAUUAGUAAAUAUGAACGGGCGCUAGUUACCGUUUACAUGGAAUGGUCAGAACCUUAGAAAAUUUUACAAUUGAUUUGUAUUCUUGCUGAAUAUUUAGAGAAUUUGAAUAAUGUAUGAGCAAUUAU